CUUGCUUGGGGGUCCCAGCACCUUUCUAGCCUCUGCUGUGAGCAGCGAUGGAGACUGGUUGUGUCCUGGGAGCUGGGGCCAUGCUGGUGGCACUGGUGGUGCUGGGAGCCCAGCCGGCUCACGGCAGGGAGACCUCAGGGGUUUUCCAGGAGUUGUUUGAGGCUGAGUGUCAGUACACCAACGGCACCGAGCGGGUGAGGCUUCUGGAAAGGUACAUCUACAACCGGCAGCAGUUUGUGCACUUCGACAGCGAUGUGGGGUACCAUGUGGCCGACAGCCCCCUGGGCGAGCCUGAUGCCAAGUACUGGAACAGCCAGCCGGAGCUACUGGAGCAGAGACGGGCUGCUGUGGACACGUUCUGCCGGCACAACUACGGGGUGGUGACCCCUUUCACCGUGGACAGGAGAGUUCAGCCCAAGGUGAGGGUCUCCCCUGUGCAGUCGAGCUCGCUGCCCCAGACCGACCGGCUGGUUUGCUACGUGACGGGGUUCUACCCUGCGGAAAUUGAGGUGAAGUGGUUCAAGAACGGGCAGGAGGAGACGGAGCGCGUGGUGUCCACGGAUGUGAUCCAGAACGGAGACUGGACCUACCAGGUGCUGGUGAUGCUGGAAACAACCCCGCAGCGUGGGGAGACCUACAUGUGCCAGGUGGAGCACGUCAGCCUGCAGCACCCCGUCACCCAGCACUGGGAGGUGCAGUCGGACGCUGCCAGGAGCAAGAUGCUCACGGGGGUGGGAGGCUUUGUGCUGGGGCUCAUCUUCCUGGCACUGGGGCUCUUCCUCUACAUGCGCAAGAAGGGCGCCCCGUUCCCCAGGCUGCAGGGCUCCUGAGCGAACUCCUGCCCCUGCGGAUCUGCUCCGCCGCUGACCGUCCUCUGCCCCCACAGCGUCCCCUCUGCCUCGCCCUGCCCCAUCCCCGAGCCCCACAUCCCCGCACUGAU